UCUUCUGCUUGACAAUCAAGCCCGCCCGAUUGUGUACAAAAAUUGGCAUAAUUUUGAUUACGAUUUCAAAUAAUAAUAAUGUUUUUUUACUUUUGAAAAUCAGCAAUAAAUCGCAGACAGUGUAAAGCAGUUGAAGUUGAUGUAGUGUGGUGCAUAGUGAUUAUACAAGGAUUGCAUUGUUUUUAAACGAGAGAUACAGAUUCUGAAUCUUUUCCAUAGGAUGGCUAUAGCUUGCAGUCCACAGCCAGAUCUUCAUCGUAUUCUUAGGCGUCUUGACUUUCCACAAUCAGCUAAAGAAGCUCUUGCUUGUCUUGAACAAUUGUGCCUUCCCCUUGCACAUACACGCCCACCUACGUCAAAACAGCUAGAUUACAUUGGAGAAAUCAUUGAUGAAUUUGUUUUUUGUGAGAUAGAUCACAAGGGUGCCAGACGAAAGAGGUUAAAUCCCCUUCAAGAACUGCAACUACUAGAAGUGUUACUGGGCUAUUUUGCUGCUGGGGAAGAUAAAGUCAUUUUGAAUACUGUGUUUAUGAUGUUAUUUACCCCUCCUCAUACACCUAGCCCCAGUCCUAGCCCCUCACCUUCGGGGUUUGCUCGCGCGGAUGUCUUUACUCCUGGAACAGCGACUGCCACGCUGAGUGAUCGAAUGAGGAUCCUAGCACGACUAGUGUCAGCCGCUGUAGCCUCCCGCAAUUUGGCUGUAUUAAACUGUACAGGCGUUUGGAUGCAACAGUUGGGAUGCCUGAGCCAACACUCUCUCAAUUUGUCAAGAGUUUUCAUUGAGGACUAUUUUGUUCUUAACACACCACAAUCCAAUAUAAGUUCUUCUACAAGUUACCUGGAACAGCUACCGCAACAAGCUCCACAUUUCACAUCAUGUUUUUUAACAGCUGCCGCAGAGCUUUACGGUGGAAUCGAUGGCAACCGAAGUGCUUACAUCCCCCCUCCAAUGUGCUUGCUCAAUACCAUAGUCAACUGGGUUUCUUCUAACCCUAGAUUAUGCCUGACACCACUGACAUUGAAUCUCCAACCCCUUCUUCCAAAAGGAAGCAUAGUGAUGACAUCGGUUACUCCUUUGGCAGGAUUACUUAAAUGGUGCGUUGAAGCUCCUUUCAAUCCCAGUCUGAAAAAGACAUCGCCUGUAAAACUCGAGAAAACAAAGGACACCAAGUCGACAUGGAAUGAAAAUUCUUACUAUAGUCAACUUCAUUCUAGCCUUCUGGAAUCAAUGCAAGAAAGAUCCGUAUUGCAGAAUCAACAACAACUUCUUCAAGCUGAAGUGAUUUCACCUCGUCAUUUGGUGGCACUUGUCAGAGGUUUGCUAGACUCGUGUGCAAAAAACAACUCUAGCAACGAGAAAAUUCAAUUAUCACUUGACCGACUAGCACAAUCAGUUCAAGUAGCCCAAUCGUCCGGCUGUCUUUAUGGAAACACACAUGAAUUAAUGCAAGCCCUCCGAACUCUCCCAUACAACAGACUUCUCGAUAUUGUUGUGCGGCGAUACAGUUGAUUUGCCAACUCUCUAAUGAUACACAAAUAUUGUUGUUUUCUUACGAAAA